GCAGCCCGCGAGCAACAGCCCGACUGAAGGGAAACAUCACGUGGUGACACCAUCUCCACGACUGACGUCACCGACCCCAUCUCCAAGCAACCCCUCCAUCAGCACUUACGUCACCCGUGCGCCCGAGCCGCGCGGUUGCCUGGCAACCCGUGCCUUGCGCUCGGGUCCGGCCUUGCCUUGCACCCAGCUCGGAGCUCUGACGCGGGUGUGACGUCAAUAAGGUGGGUAUCAAUUUGUUAUGGACGGCUGAGGGAGGGAGGGAACGGAGGAGGAGGAGUUUCCCCCCUUGUGAGUGCCGAAACCCUGCUCUGCAUUCCGGCGGAGCGCACAAGCACACACCGGCCGCAGACGAAUCCCCGGGCCUCUCACACUUUGUUUCUUUUACCUCUAAAAGUAAAAGACGGGAGGAAAAAGUUUAUUUUUUCUUGUUUCUUGACUGUGUUGUUGUUUUCUUCGCUCUGGUUGUGGAAUGGUUUACUUUUCCAGUGAGGAGAGCUUUCUAAACUGUGAGAGAAGGUGGUUUAAUUCCGCUCUUUAAGCAGGUACCAGCCCUAAGUAUCCUAGAGCUGUAACUCCAGACUGUCGGUGCACCAUGGUGAUCAUGACAGAAAACAGCCAUGCGGCUCCGUCUGGCGCUUCACAGGGAAGGCCUCUGCAGGUCGGCUUCUACGAGAUCAUCCGCACCCUGGGGAAGGGCAACUUUGCCGUGGUGAAACUGGCCAGACAUAAAGUCACCAAAACACAGGUGGCCAUUAAGAUCAUCGACAAGACCAGACUGAACCCUUCCAACCUGGAGAAAAUUUACAGAGAAGUGCAGAUUAUGAAGCUGUUAAACCACCCUCACAUCAUCAAGCUUUACCAGGUCAUGGAAACCAAAGACAUGCUGUACAUUGUGACAGAGUAUGCGAAGAAUGGAGAAAUGUUUGACCACUUGACCUCAAACGGCCGUAUGAGUGAAGACGAGGCGCGGAAGAAGUUCUGGCAGAUUCUCACAGCUGUGGACUACUGCCACCGACACCACAUCGUUCACCGUGACCUAAAAACUGAGAACCUGUUGCUGGACGCCAAUAUGAAUAUCAAACUGGCUGACUUUGGGUUUGGAAACUUCUACAACGCUGGGGAGCCUCUGUCCACAUGGUGCGGCAGCCCGCCUUACGCUGCCCCCGAAGUGUUCGAGGGGAAAGAGUACGAGGGGCCUCAGCUGGACAUUUGGAGUCUUGGAGUCGUGCUUUAUGUGCUCGUUUGUGGAUCUCUUCCAUUCGACGGACACAGCCUUCCUGCUCUCAGACAGAGAGUCACCGAGGGAUUCAGAAUCCCCUUCUUUAUGUCUCAAGACUGUGAAAACCUGAUCCGCAAGAUGCUGGUGGUGGACCCGGCCAGGAGGAUCAGUGUGGCCCAGAUCAAGCAGCACCGCUGGAUGCUGGCCGACCCGACAGCCGCCACCCAGACCCUCAGCCACUCCCUGACGGAGUACAACUCCAACCUGGGCGACUACAGUGAACCCGUGCUGGGCAUCAUGAACACACUUGGCAUCGACCGCCAGAGGACCAUCGAGGUGAGCAGACCUUACAACUGAUAUUGAUUCUAUAGA